AUGCUUCGCCUCCACCGUCAAUUGCGCAUAACAUCAUGCGGUCGCUUGCAACAGGUGAAUUGCUAUGUUAACUUUUCCGUGGCCUCAUCUACAGCUCCAUCGGCGACUGUCACCGCUGCGCUAAAUUCCGAUGGAUCGAAGUCAAGCGUUAGUGUCAACGGCAGUGGUGAGGAGCCACCCAAGUACAAGCCUGGAUGGUUCAGUCGCAACCCGGGCGUGACGUUAGGUGGCAUUCUGCUCGGAAUUAGUGCCUAUAUAUACCGGGGUUCAUGCGGUAAGAAUAACUUUGAGUCAUUACGAAUUCCUAUUGAAGAGGCAGCUGUCAUUUCACCGUACGAAGCUUGGGAGCUGCGAUCCAGCAAUAACAUUACACCGGAAGUGUUUGAGGAUGUGAGAAAUGGCGUGACAAAAGCUUUCCCUUCGGGCAAGGCCUCAAUGCAGCACUUUGAUCAAUAUUUGGGUUUCAAACUAGCUCAGGUUUGUCCGACUGGAAUGAAGAAGGGCUACCACCUGGAACGCGUAUUGUUAAGUCUUAAGACGGACGCGGAUCGCAAGAGCGAUAUUGAUGCACAAAUGGUAGCUUUUUCGAUGGCUGUUAAGGGCACUGUAGACGAGCGGUUGCGAAUGCUUUUCAAUCUAGCCACGAAUGCACCUGCUGGUGAAGCGCUAAAAUCAAUCGAGGAGGAGAAGAAUAAUGAUACGCGCGAGAUGACUCAGGAACAGAUGGAGCGUCUACUGCAAUUAUUACUAGAGACAUGCCAGAUUCCAUCUGAAAAGCGGGUGCUCGCUAUCGAAGACGCAAAGUACCCUAUUCAAAAGUACAAAGUAGCAACACCAUCUGAAUUGCUCAUGUCGGCAGAGCAAGCCCAGACAAACGACACAAAGAUCAAGAAGGAGGAGACACACAAUUGUCAAAUGUACACAUUCGAGGCUUUUUCACAGAUCAUGCGUGGCAAAAUCGUGUGUCUUUGGGGAGAGUGUUUCACUAACUCCAAAAAGAAGAUGAGAAGCUAA